CGGAAACGGCAGGGCUGCUAUCGUUUAAAUGCUAAAGCUUUGAAGUUCAGCGGUAAAGGUUAUAGUAAAUGGAAAGGAAACAUUGUACAUAUAUUAAAAACAUAGAUGAUGAUGCUUCGAUUCAAAAUUCCUAUUAACUUAUUGGUGUUCUGAAGAAUGUAGGUGUUUGGAAAAGGAAACAUAACAGGAAUAAUGGCUGGCUUGUGGAGAUCUUACCAGAGGCUGAUGGCAAAACAUCCCUGGAAAGUACAAAUAAUUACAGCUGGCUCUUUGGUGGGAGUUGGGGAUGUCAUUUCCCAGCAGUUGAUUGAAAGGAGGGGUUUGGCCAAUCACAGCAUGCAAAGGACAGCAAAAAUGAUGAGCAUUGGAUUCAUUUUUGUGGGUCCUGUAAUAGGAGGAUGGUAUAAGGUGCUUGAGAAGAUCGUCCCAGGUGGGAGCAAAACUGUGGCUUUCAAGAAGAUGAUUUUAGACCAGGCAGCAUUUGCUCCAUGUUUUCUUGGUUGCUUCCUGUCUAUCACUGGGGCUUUAAAUGGACUGUCAGUGGAGGAAAACCUGGCCAAGCUGAAGAGAGAUUACAAAGAUGCCUUGAUUUCAAACUAUUAUCUAUGGCCAGGUGUACAGAUAGCUAAUUUUUAUUUCAUACCACUGCAUUACAGGCUGGCUGUGGUCCAAGUUGUGGCAAUAAUUUGGAACUCAUACCUGUCGUGGAAGGCGAACAAGAUAUAAGAGAUACAAGAGCCUACCUCACUAACACAUACUGUAUACAGUAAAUAAAAGCAAUGUGUUAUUACAGUGCAUAUACUAGUAUACAGUAUAUAACAGUAUAAUACUGAAUCAUGUGCUGUACUUUCUGCUUUGUGAAAUGUGUUUCACAUUUCUAUUGGUAGUUAAGCACAUUGCAUCAGGCACAUUUACUUUUGGGGAAAAAAAGAAAACAUUAUUUCCCAUGCUACAAUAUUCGACAAAGUUGAUAUAAAUAGUAUUUUGUUUCUCUGAAUAAUUCUUUAUACAUAUUUAAUCUGUGUUUUUAGCUACGUUUAGGUUAGGAAUCUUUUCAAUUUAAAACAAUAAAAUAAAACGUUCAAUGUUUCACUAGUAUAAAAAUGGCCAACGCCUAAGGUAUCAAGGAAAAUAAAGUUAUGUAAAAAUAAAAGAAUAAAAGAUAGACAUCCUUUCAUCUUUUAUUAUUCUUUUAUUGUAGCCUUUUCACUAUUGCCUGGUCUGACUUUCCUAGGACCACACCACAAAAAUAGACGUGUUUUAUUUUUUAUAUUUCGGUUGUAAUGGAGUUAUGCUGAAAGGCAUGGCAAUUUUUUCAAAGAUGAUUUAAACAAUUCAAGGCAGAGUUCAAUGCCAAGCAGAGUCCAUUCCUGAUUCCCAUGGAUGCAUGCUUCAAAAAUUGUAUGGUUGUCUAGGAAUAAAAUAUUAAAGAUUGUGUCCUAUA